CCCGCUGGCCGGGGUGGCGCGUCCGUCCCCACCGUGCUCUGCCCCAUGGGGUACCCCGUCAUCCCCCCCCGACCCCCCCAGGGGAAUGCCCCCCGGCGGAGGGUUGGGCUAUGGGGAGGGGGGUGCCAGGGGACACAGCGGGGGCGACAGCGACAGCGCAGAGGAGCCCACAGAGGGGCGGAGGGUGCGAAGGAACCGCAGGCGGGAGAGGAAGUCACCGCUGGACACAGUCACCCGGCUCCCGGGGGUGGGUUCGCACCCCUCCAGCUGCAGGGAGCUCCCUCGGGUGCCCCCCCGGAGAUGGGGUGCCCUGGGGGUCCCCGGUGCCUGUUGACACCCAUGUUGCUGUUGCUGCCCUUCCUGGUGCUGGUGGCCACGGCCGAUGGCCAAGGAUCCCCCAAGUGCCAGGAAAAAGCCGUGGCUGCUGGUGGAGAGCUGCGGCUGGUGCUGGAGAAACCCCUACAGGGAUGGGUGAAGGUCGAAUGGAGAGUGAGACUGGCUAUGGGAGAACAGCAUCGGAUCCUGACAGCUGAUGGGAGUAAAUCUUCCCAACCAUCAAAUAGCCCUUUUCUUGGGAGAGCCUUUUUCCAUCCGGAGAAUCUCUCCCUGUUGAUCCCCCGGGUUACCACGGCAGACAGUGGGCUCUACAGGGCAGAGUUUGAGCACACAAACGGCAAUGUUACAUCCCAGUCCUUCUGCGUGUCGGUGUGGGAGCCCGUUGCCCAGCCGCUCCUGAACACAUGCAUCCUGCACCGGGAGCAGGACCGCUGCAACCUCUCCCUGCUCUGCACCGUGCCCGGGGCCACCAACGUCUCCUACAGCUGGUCCUGCACCGGGGGACACCCCGGAGCCCUGGGCCACCAGCCCCAGCUGGACCUACAGCUCCUUGGGGACUCUGCCCCCAUGGUCUGCUUGUGCAACGCCACCAACCCAUUGAGCUGGAGCACGGCCACCAUCGAUGUCACAGCCGUCUGUUUCUCUACGGGCCCAGUGAGCAAUGUAGCCGUGGGCCACCAGCUCCAGCUGGACCUACAGCUCCUUGGGGACUCUGACUCCAUGGUCUGCUUGUGCAAUGCUACCAAUCCAUUGAGCUGGAGCACAGCCACCAUCGAUGUCACAGCUGUCUGCCACCCUGCCCCAGGGCUCCCCAGCUGGGCGGUGGCUGUCAUCCUGCUGCUGGCACUGGCCAUCUCCGUAGCCAUUGCUGCCAUCUGCUACCGGCAGAAGAAGCGAAGGAAGGACCCCCCAUCAGGACAGGGUGAGCAGAUACUAACCGUCUACGAGGAGGUGGGCAAAACCCGAACUGGCCAAGCCCCUCCCCAGAACAGGACCAGUCAGGCCACUGUAGAAGGAAACACCAUCUACGCCGUUGUCACCAAAACACAGGGACCCAGCCACCGUCAGGAGCCCGAAACCUGCACCGUCUACUCCAUGAUUCAGCCCAGCAAGAGGCCUCCUUCUCUCAAGAGGAAGAGGCUGGACCGAGCCUUGGUUUCCACCGCCUACGUAGAGGCUACGGGGGGUUCUCGGCACUGGUGCCCCCCGUUGCAGACCUCAGCCCCAGGUCCUGCUGGCCACCACCUCUCCUAGUGCCCUGGCCAACUCAGCGAGACCUUCCCUUCCCUAUGGGCCUAUCCUGGUUUUGGAUGAGAUGGAGUUAAUUCUUCUUUAGUGGCUGCUGUGGUUUGGAUUUGGUCUGAAAGGAAAUGUCACUCAUGGAUAUUGUUUUAGCUGUUGCCAGGUGGUGUUUAUAUUAGUCCAAGGACUUUUUUUCAGCUUCCCAUAGAAGCUGGGAAGGAGCAUAGACAAGGACAGGUUGGCCAAGGAGAUGUUCCACCCCAGAGGUGUCAGGGUCUAAAUGAGGGUUGGCCAGGGGACAGGGACCUGCGAUCGCUGCUUGGGAUGGGCUGGGCAACCAGUCUCUGGGUGAGAGGGACUUGUGUUGCAUUACUUCAUUUUGGAUAUUCUUUUACCAUCAUUAGUAUUAUUAAUGUUAUUUUCCUUCUCUGUUAUUGUUCUAUUAAA